AUGGUAGAGACGGCCAUUCAUAUUCACGAAUGGGGCAGCUCCAGAGAGCAGGAAGCUUGGGGUACACAGAAGCGCUUUCCCAAGAGUGUGGAGGGGAUGUCUGGCCAGCUGAAGGCCAGCGAUGGGGACCGGGAGACGCGCCGCGCACGCGCACACGCGCCCGCCCCCGUCGCCCGCGCCGGCCCGGCCGCAGCUCCGGGGACGCGGAGCGCGGGACCUGCCAGGGCCCCGCACGCGCCGGGCCGAGCUCAGGUCGGAGGCCGCGCGCGCCUAAGUGCGGGGUGUGGACCCGGACCCCGGGACUCGCCGACCCCGCCUCCGGUCGCCGCUGUCGCCCUCCCUCCCGGCCCGGGAGUACUACUCACCCCGCUCCGCUCGCCGACCGCAGCCAGCCGCGGAGCGGGGCGGGGCGACAGGGAAGGGGCGGAAGCGGGGCGGGCUGGCUGGACCCGGGAAAAGCAGGCGAUGGCGUGCGGGAACCGGGGCACAAACCGGAGCCUCGCUGAGCAUGCGCACUGUGCUGGAUGCGCGGGCGCAGAGUGAUGCCUGGAAAUCUGCAGUCUUUGCCCUGAAGCAUCUUGGGAUUCCACAGAGGCUGAUGGCAGCACCAGAGAGAGGUCCCGUCUCUACGUGGGACCUGGCUGCUGUGGAACAGGCUGCACCCCACGCCCACCACCACCAAGCUGGAUCAUCCUGUGUCUCUGAACUUUGAGGAUUGUUCCUGGAGCCAUAAAACCAGGACCAAAGCAGGGUGGCCCAAGCCCGUCCUCCCAGCACUGAGUGAGGCAGAGGCAGGAGGACUGCAAAUUACCCCCCCCCCAGCCCCACUCCGGCCACUUUAAAGUACAAACUAAAAUGGGCUGGGGGUGUAGCUUGGUGUGAAGGUGUUACAGGCAGCUGAGCUAGUUAGAAAUAUUACAGGCAGUGAGACAGGGCUGGGCCCUCAAAGAAGCUGGCACAGAGGACCAGCUGUCUUGUGACCUUGGAAGAGACACACACCUCUGGCUGUAGGCCAGAUCUCAGGACAGAAGGCAAAGCAAGUGCAAGCCCACCCUUAAGUAUAAUCCUUAGAGAUUAAGUAUGGAUCAUCUUGAGAAGCCAGGAGUCACCAUCCCAAUCCCCUAUAGGAAGAGUCACUGAUCCAUAAAGAAUGUUCAUUUUCUAUAAGACUCGCUUCCCCAUUUGUCCCUGAUUUGGUCAAUUUUACCUGAACAAUUAAACUUACUGUUUGACCAUAGCUCUAACCCUCCUCAUGCCCAUCUGCCUUGUGAGUUCUGAGUUUGCCUCCUCUAGAGCCGCCUCACCUCAUGAUUUUACUCUAUAACAAUCCCGAGAAAAUACAGAAUCUUUGGCAAGCCACUCAGGACCCCUUCUGUCUCUCCUCAGACAGAAGCUUUCUUUCUCUCAAUAAAUAUAUUCUGCUCUUAA